AUGACCGUCACCACAACCACCACCAUCAACUGCCUCCGCCGAGCAGGACUGCGUUGUACCAGUACUACCAGCAGUAUCCAGGGCGGGAUUCGAGCCGUCUCGACACUCAGCAACAACCCACACAUCUAUGUCUUCAAAGACCCUUCGUCACAAUCCCACCUUCUAACCCUCCUCCCAACCGUCCCCCCAACACCCUCCCUAUCAAUCGGCAAAACCACCUCAAUCCCCCCCACUCCGUCCUCAUUCACCGAAAACCCACACUUCCUACCAAUCCUGCACUCCGUGAUCGCCGAAAACGCCCACCUCGACCCAGCAAUCCAAUCUCAAGCCGCAGUCAUGAUCUCGUCCUCAGGAACAUCACUAUUCCAAACGGCCAGACGACAACGGACGGGCUCCGCGGGCGCCAGCGACCAAGGCGGCCACGGUGGUGCCGGACGAGGAGGAUGGGUUCACGUCUCGGAUACGCGACAUGUUCCGGAUUUCGGCCGCAUUGCGGAACCAGAGGAUAUUUUUGGAUCUGUGGAAGUUGAUGGCGCGGGGAAAUUUGUCGAUGGACAUGGGAGAUAUCAGGCUUCGGGGACGUAUCGGAUUGUGACGAGGGAUGGGAUUUUGGGACUGACGGAUUUUAUGAGGGAGAGGGUGGUUAAGAGGCUGAAGGGGAUGGAGGAGGCGGAGAGGAAUGACACCAAAACCAAAAAAUGA